GAGGUCACAUGAGCGCCGGGCGGAAGGAGCCGGCGAUGGCCGGGGGGGUCCGCUGAGACUGGGAGCGGCGCGCGGCAGGCACGAUGUCCAGCCGCAGGCUGCGCAACGAGGACUACAAUGACUACAGCUCCACAGAUGUGACGCCCGAGGGGAGCCCCUCCAAUGGCCCCAACAGCUGCGCUGGCUCCUCGACCUACCAGCGCUUCGGGGAGACCAAUGGCACAACAUCGCUCCAAACCUUGAUCCACGUGCUGAAGGGGAACAUUGGCACAGGGUUGCUGGGGCUGCCCCUGGCUAUAAAGAAUGCCGGUGUUGUGCUGGGUCCCGUGAGCCUGCUUGUGAUAGGAAUCAUUGCUGUCCAUUGCAUGCGUAUCCUGGUGAAGUGUGCCCACCACUUCUGCCGCAAGCUGCAGAAGCCUUUUGUUGACUACGGGGAUGCUGUGAUGUACGGGCUGGAAGCUUCCCCAGUUGCGUGGCUUCGGACCCACGCCAUCUGGGGCAGGUACCUGGUGGGCUUCUUCUUGAUCGUCACCCAGCUGGGCUUCUGCUGCGUGUAUUUUGUGUUCCUGGCUGACAAUCUGAAACAGGUGAUCUCAGCUGCGAACGGCACCACCAAUGACUGCCACUCCAAUGAAACCGUGGUGCUGACGCCUACCAUGGACUCCCGCCUGUACAUCCUGUCCUUGCUGCCCUUCAUUGUGCUCCUGGUCUUCGUCCGCAACCUCAAGUUCCUCUCCAUCUUCUCCUUGCUGGCCAACAUAGCCAUGCUGGUCAGCCUCGUCAUGAUCUAUCAGUACAUCGUCCAGGGCAUUCCGGAUCCCGGCCACCUGCCCCUGGUCUCUGGCUGGAAGACCUACCCUCUGUUUUUCGGCACUGCCAUCUUUGCCUUUGAGGGCAUCGGCGUGGUGCUGCCCCUCGAAAACAAAAUGAAGAACCCGCAGCACUUCCCUGUGAUCCUCUACGUGGGGAUGGCCAUCGUCUCUGUCCUGUAUAUCAGCCUGGGGGCCCUGGGCUACCUGCGGUUUGGAGCCGACAUCCAGGCCAGCAUCACCCUCAACCUGCCCAACUGCUGGCUGUACCAAUCUGUCAAGCUGCUCUACUCCUUUGGCAUCUUCUUCACCUACGCGCUGCAGUUCUACGUCCCCGCCGAGAUCAUCGUCCCCUCUGCCGUAUCCCGUGUGCCGCAGCGCUGGGCGCUGGCGGUCGACCUUCUCCUGCGGACGUUCCUGGUCUGCGUAACCUGUGUGCUGGCCAUCCUGAUCCCCCGCCUGGACAUCGUCAUCUCUCUGGUGGGCUCCGUGAGCAGCAGCGCGCUGGCCCUCAUCAUCCCGCCGCUCCUGGAGAUCUUCACAUACUUCCAGGAGGGCCUCCACCCUGUCACCAUUGCCAAGGACAUCCUCAUCAGCAUCAUCGGCUUCGUGGGCUUCGUGGUGGGGACCUACGAGGCGCUUGAGGCCCUGGUCACCUCCCCCGUGUCCCCGUCCCCUGUGUCCAAUGCCACCAGUGCCUUGGUGCUGUGAUUUGAGCCAGCAGCACGGCACAGGACGGGGACGGGUCCCCGCUGCGGGAGCUGCCAUCGCCCUCCUCUUUUGUUAGACACGUUUCUCCAGUGAAGGCAGGACCCUGAUCCCAGUCCUGUUCCCCUCCCUUAGCUCGCAGUCCUUCUUGCAGGGUCUCCUUGCCUGGGCCCAGUGGGGUGCUGUUGAGCUGCCGUUAUCGCGUUGGCAGGGAGGCAGUGCCUUUCUUUACACCUGAAGGGCCUUUUUCCUGGCACACCUGGCACAUGUAAGUGCCAAAGGGGUCUUGUGUGAUGUGCUCCCAGACCUGUGAGCUGAGGGAGCAGGGGAAAAAAAGGCCAUGGACAAUCUCAAGGUUUUAGAUCCUGUCUCACAACUGCGCUUGACUCCCAACUUCCUAGGCCUCUUCCCAGGAGCAAACAUUGGACAAUCUCUUCUUCUUAGGUGUCAGCUUUUUUCCCCCUCCAGCCUGUCGGCUGAUAGCAACAGAGAAGAGACCUCUUGGUCCCUGCUCCAUCCUUCUGGAGAAGGUGGAGGCUGCUGAGGCCUGGGGAAAAGAGUAGGGAAACUACCCAAGGAGAGAGGGUGUCUUGUGUUAGUGGACAGCCCCUGCCUCUGUACUGUUUGCUGGAGGCCAGCAGGCCUUGGCAGGCAGUGUGUCCCUUGAUUAAGGCUAAGGAGUCAAGCGUUUGGGCAUUAGUUGGCAUGGCUUGUCCAAUGCCAUGUGCACUUCUUCUGAGGCACUUCUCAUAGGAGACCCCUGCCUGCAUAGGGGAAGAUGCUGGGGUCUGUGGGGAGACCUGGGUAUAGCUGCUGAUUGGGCACUUUGUGUAAUGGUGACAAUAUUG